GAAGCGGGGCGGGGCCGGAAGGUGACCGGCACCAUGGCGGCCACGCCGCCGCUGCGGGACCGCUUGAGCUUCCUGCACCGGCUCCCGAUUCUCCUAAAAGGGACGUCGGACGAUGAUGUCCCGUGUCCAGGCUACCUGUUUGAGGAGAUCGCCAAGAUCUCCCACGAGUCCCUGGGCAGCAGCCAGUGCCUCCUGGAGUACCUGCUGAACCGUCUGCACAGUGGCUCUGGCCGCGUGAAGCUCAAGGUGCUGAAGAUCUUGCUGCACCUGUGUGGCCACGGCUCCUCGUCCUUCCUGCUCAUCCUUAAGCGCAACCCCACCUUCAUCCAGGAAGCCGCAGUUUUCGCGGGACCCCCAGAUCCUCUCCACGGGAACAGCUUGUACCAGAAGGUGCGGGCAGCCGCUCAGGAUUUGGGGGCUGCCUUGUUCUCGGACGCCUUGUCACCUCCGCCUCCCUCCCAGCCUCCCAGGACCCUGCCUCCAGCAGGCAUGGGCUCCCAGUCCAGGCCCCAGAGCGCCCUGCAGGGCUUCGGCUACAGCAAGGAACGGGGCUGCACAGGCUCUGCAGGUGAAGCCUUCCUGUCCACCAUCCAGAAGGCUGCAGAGGUGGUGGCCAGUGCCGUGCGCCCUGGGCCUCAGAGCCCCAGUACCCAGAGGCCCCUUCCACGGGAUGACGCCUACCAGCCAGCCAUGACGCCUUCAGCCAGCCUCAGCUCCCCCACCCCCGAGAACCCUCUCCCCACGGCCAGCCCAGGUGCCCGAGCAGCGAGACGCCAGCCGGGGCAGGCCGGAGGCGGCUGGGAUGAGCUGGACAGCAGCCCCAGUUCUCAGGAUUCUUCCCAGGAGAACGACGACCUGGGCAAGGCCUCAGACCUGGGUAGUCAGUCGAGCGGUGACAGCCCUUCAGGGGCCGGUCGGGCACCCAGCGACCUGGCAGAAAGGGUCGAGGCUGUGACCCUGAGUGACUGCCAGCAGGAGCUGAGCCUGGUCCGGGCCGUGACGUGGGGGCCACAUGCCUUCCUGAGCCGAGAGGAGGUCCAACACUUCGUCAAAGAGUGCGGACUCCUCAACUGUGAGGCUGUGCUGGAGCUGCUCCUCCACCACUUGGGUGCGACCAGCGAGCGUGUGCAGAUGAGAGCCCUGGGUGCCAUCGCCUCCCUCGGGUGCACCGACCUGCUCUCCCAGGAGCGAGUCCUGCUUCUCGCCCGGCCUCGACUGCAGGAGCUCAGUGCGGGCAGUCCUGGACCUGUGACCAACAAGGCCACCAAGAUCCUGAGACACUUUGAAGCCUCCUGCCGACAGUGGCCGCCUGCCCGGCGGCCCCCGGCUGAGCCUGGCCCCACAGCCGCCUGUGUGGGCCCAUCAGACCUGCUGACCGACGCCCUGCCUUUUGCCGGGAGCCAGGCCUUCCUGCAGCCUCUGAGUUCAGCUUUCUUUUCGCCCAAGGACACUGCUCCCCCAUCGGGGCCGCAGCCCGGCCCUGUGCCCCCAACUUCCCUGGACGGCUGCCCCCUUCCAGCCCCCAGGGAUGCCAGGGAGGCUGAGACCAGACUGGCAGGUUCCAGAGAGCAGGGGGCUGGAUCUGAGCAGGGCCCAUUCGGCACAGACACCGCAAAGCGAGGGCCAGAACUUGGGCCGGACCCCAGGGACAGCUGUGACUCCUUGUUUGCUGGCAUGGUACUGGUGGCCUCUCCCCAUCUGAUGGGGGCUGGGACUGCUGCGGGGGAGCCCCUCCUGGCCCGCCAGGCUCCCUGGACAUCGUCACAGAGGGUGGCAGCAAAGGAGCCUUCUGGCUCCGAGCCAUCAGCUUUCGCAUUCUUAAACUCCUGAUCUUGUCCACCUGGGCCACAUGCAGUGUCUCUGUGUCCCCCAGCCUGUGACUCCUCAGACCCUGUGACUUUGUGCUAUCCCCAUGUGCCCACAACCUCUGUGUCCCACCAAAGAGUGAUUCCCCUCAGGUGUCUGCACUUGACCUCGCCCUCCCCUGGCGUCUCCUCUUCAGCCAGUGAGGCCUUGGGGCGGGCAGUCACCCAGCCAGGCAGGCUCAGCGUGGACGGCCCACCCAGCGAUGAGAAUGUCCGCCAGUAAAACCCAGGUGGUGUUUCAGAAGUCUGCGAACCAGCCAGAGCUAGGCCGGUGCUGCAGGAAGGGGUCGUCCUUGCCCAUGGGGGCUGCCUUCCAAACUUGCCCCUGAUGUGGGUUCCCUGUUUUUCUACUGAGGGGCAGGACCCCCCCCCACAGCCCACCCCGUGGGAGUGAUAGCCGAGGAGCAGCCCCCUGAGCGGCCUGCAGGGAGGGCGGGAUGGGCGCAGGUUGCUCGCUGAGACUGGAAGCUGGCAGGCCCUGGGCUGCUGGGUCUCCUGCCUCACAGCCAUCUGGUCUGGCGGGAUGAGCGCACCGUCCAU